AUGUCGGCCGAACGACGAUGGAACCAAAGACGCUUCCGCAUAGAGGAGUCAACCACGCAGAACGGCGGCCAGCGCACCGUUUUCAUCGAGUACAUGACUCCGGGCACCACCGUCCCGCCGCACUACCACACCCGCUUCGCCGAGACGUUCGACCUGCUCGAGGGCGCCAUUACCGUGUAUUCGUCGGCCCAGACUCCCCCCGGCGGUGACGAGGGCGCGGACCUCGACCUCCUGGAGGAGUCGGCCCGGCAGCUCGAGCCCCGCAAGGAAGCCACCGUGCCGCCCGGGGUCUACCACAAGUACCUCGUGGGCGACGAGGACACGGUGCUCCGGGUGGUGGUCACGCCCGGGGACGCGGACUUCGAGAGGGUCCUGAUGAUCCAGAACGGGCUGGCGGAGGAUGGUGAGCUGGAGUCGCUGGGUGAUAAUGUGUUGCUGAUGGUUGUGAUCAUGGGCUUGGCCGAUGCUCACCUUCUCGGACCGGCCAGGGCCAUGCUGGAUGGUGUCUACGCGAGCCAGAAGCAAGAGGUUGAAGACUUGAAGGCAAAGCUGUUGGCCAAGUACGACAACGAGGACAGCUUGAAGAAGCUGCUGGCGAAGGAUCAGUCGGACAGAUAG